UGCCGGGCGCCGGGCCCGGGCUGGGGCCAGCGGUGGGCAGGGACGGGCAAGACUUCAGCUGCCAUCCGCCGCCGGAGGCCGCUUGCUGGCUGGGAAGGAUGGAUGCCUGGCAUCCCUCGCAGGACGCGGGCGGGGUUCUUCCGGCAGCAGCGCGGAGAGAAUCGCAGCUGGUGAUAAUGGAGGCAGAAUAAGGAUUCAUCUGCCUUUAGAACUAGAGAUUUUCAUUGGGUGCUUAUCCAAUUCAAUCAUGAAGACUGAUUUCCUGAAAGAGGAGAAGAAGAAAAAGAAGAGGAUGGCAGUGACGACAAGCAAAGGGCUGACAUUUGCAAAGAAGCAGUUGAAGAAGCAUGGAUGGAAAAAAGGUAAAGGACUUGGAAAGCAAGAAAAUGGGAUCGCUGAAGCCCUAAAAGUCAAAAUGAAAUGCAACACAGCUGGGGUGGGGCACGACUCAGCUAAGGAGUUCACCUUCCACUGGUGGGACCAUCUGUUCAACUCAUCUGUUGCCAACAUUACAGUAGACGCUGGGCAGGAUGGGGUCCAAGUGAGAAAAACCUCUGAGCGAGAGGGGCCAGUCACCAGUACGAAGCCAUGGCGAGCCAAGGAGGGAAACAUGCUCUACAGCCGCUUUGUGAAGGCAGCUACCCUGAUAUCUGGCACAGAGGAGCCUAUGAACCCCAUGUCCUCCGUAGAGCAGGAGGAGGAGAAACUGGACCUUGCCACAGCAAGCAGGCUGACUGACCAGGAGCUGUUCCAGGCCUGUGGGGGAAGAACAGUUCACAAGGGUGCUCGGCAUGGCAUCACGAUGAGGGCAAAGCUCGCGCGGCUGGAAGAGCAAGAAAAGGCUUUCUUGGCUAGCUCUGUCCAGUGGAAGGAUGGGCUGGGGAUGGCCCCCAGUGGCUGCCCUGACCCGCAAGCCAAGAAACGCAAAAGAAGAAAAACAGGGGCUGCUACAGAGAAGAGCCAGGUGGGGGAGGACUGCCUCAAGGCCAAGCCCAAGAAGAAGAAGAUGAAGACCAAUGGCAAGGAGCUGAAUGGGCCCUAGAGAAACGGCAGGCCAAGCAUGGCAGCCAGAGGAGCAGAACAGCUGGGAGCUUCAGCCCUGCUCAAGCUGCACUUGUGUACUUGUCCAACAAAGGACUGGCUCAUCUCCUUCACUAAGGAGUGCGUUAGGUUGAAAAUUGUACAGAUAAAUUAUUUUUACAUAAAUAGAUAAUGCAUCUACA